AUGGCGCCUGCAGAAUUGGCAGAACUCAAGAGGCAAAUAGAAUAUCUGCUUGAGAAGAAGUUUAUCUGGCCUACUGCGUCACCGUGGGGAGCUCUGUCAAAGACGAAAGAAGAGCAUGUUGAUCACUUGAGAGUUGUGUUGAAGAUACUCAGAGAUCACCAGUUGUAUAGGAAGUUGUCCAAGUGUGAAUUUUGGCUGGAAGAGGUACAAUUUCUUGGACAUGUUAUCUCUGCUAAGGGUAUUGCAGUGGAUUCGGCUAAGAUUGAGACGAUGCUUAAGUGGGAGAGGCCUAAGACAAUGACAGAGGUGAGAAGUUUCUUGGGCUUGGCAGGAUAUUACAGAAGAUUUGUGGAAGGGUUCUCAAAGAAGGUGAAUCCAUUGACACAGCUCACAAGAAAAGACCAACCAUUCUCUUGCACUGAAAAGUGUGAGGAAUGCUUUGAAGACAUGAAGAGGUGUUUGACUACCGCCCCAAUGCUAGUAAUUCCUGAUAUUGAGAAAACAUUUGAAGUGUACUAUGAUGCUUCAUAUCAAGGGUUGGUGUAA